AUGACGACAACCACAGGUGAACCGUCGACUCUGAAGACGCCAGCCUCCCUGUCCGGCGGCGAUCUAGUCUCCCGUCUGUUGGCAGCGACGCCUCCUUACCUGUACAACGUGCCGUUGACACCUCACAGCUUCUUCUUCAGCGAGAUGCUGCGUUCGUUCGUCCAAGCGAAAGCGGAAGCUUCGUCGGUGGGCACGACGAGUAGCAGCGCGCCUAGGCGUCGGAAGAGAUCCUGGCGGGAUGCCCGUGAUCGUCCGUUGGAAUUAACCACCAAAGAGAGGCAACUCCAUCACCAUCAUCAUCAUCACCAGCAGCAGCAACAACAGCAACAACAACAGGAGAAGUAUUUUCACGCGCAACAAUCACAACAGACGGAGACACGUUUAGAGAACAGGAGCAAACCAACCGACGCGUACGAUCCCGAGAGCAAAAUGGCGGCGUUCGAGCAAAAACCGACGUUCGCCGGUGACAUAUUGAAAUCAACGGACGACACAAAGUCGGAUUUCAGUAAACACACCAAGAAUUACUUCGACGAACGGCCCCGUCACUUCGAGCCGUCUCAGCCUCCAGAAAACAUGUUCGCAACCGAGCUGCAAAAGGUUAAGCCGGAAGAGACGCACUCUGUCGAUCGUAAGACUUGUAGUUACACCGACAGAGGGCCGUACGACGAGCGCACGAAGAACUCGAUCGGUAAUCAAGAGCUGCCGAUGUUACCCGAUCAGAAGAAGCUCGAUUUCUCGAGAAACUUCCUACCCGGCCUACCCGCGAGAGGCUGCGACAUGCUGCAAGGCGUCAAAGGUUUCGGUCUGCCUGGAAAUGUGUCGAAUCCGGAAUUCUUGCCGAAUCCCCUUUGGUACCCGCCUUAUCCGAUGCCGCAGUCCUAUCCUGGUAUAGAUCCACUACAUUUCUUCAUCGAUCUCCGUGUCUCUGGACAUAUCUGGGAUCGGAAGCUCAGCGAGAGACAAUUACCGUUCAAGGGAAAGCACUGCUCGGCGUUCAGCGUGCCCCAGUCGAAGGAGUACAGCAGUAACAGGCCGUUGAAUCUGACCAGGGACGAGGCGGGCACGUCGAGGAGCAACGAGGAGAAUUCACAUGGCACCAAUUAUAUACUGAGACACCUGACCAGGACGUACAGGAACAUCAAUCAGACGCAGAAAGUGUCGAGGAGCGGAACGUCGACGGAGGAGACCGAGGAGAGCUCGAAGGAAGUUGAUAACACCGAUAGAUUCCCGAAACCGGAAACGCCUGGCGCCACGUCUUCGAGCCAAGAGGAAGGAAGGAAGGAUCUACGAGCUCUGAUCGGCCUCGAACUAGUCGUCGACUACGUGAAAGAGCCGAAGGGGGAUCCGUCGAACGAGCAGACAUCGCAAGUAACCGAAUAA